AUGGACGACAGCGGUCUUGUUGAAGUGGAGGUAGAGAUUUCUCCUGGUCCUUUAGGAAUUAUCUUGAACAAAGACACUCUAAACCUCCCUUUUCUCAAAGAUUUUACAAUGCUGUUACCAUCAGACCCAUUACAGCGCGGGGCAGUAGAGCUCAGUGGUCGAGUACCGGUGGGUAGUCACUUUAUCGCAGUGAAUGAUUGUAAUUUCAUCGAAUCAGAUCUGAGUUUCGAAGCAGUGAAUCAAAUGCUGCGUGAGACAAGUCACUUGCAACGAACGUUAAAGUUUUACGUUCCAGAACACUUAAAAACCGAGGAGAGCAACAAAAUUGUGUCUAUAAGUCAUCGAUUUGUAUCCAAGAGAGACUCGCGAUCAAAAGGAGAAGAGAGUGAGGGAGAAGAAUCUGAUGACAAUGUUCAGUUGCAUUCGAAGCAAGUGACUCAGACGCAGAUGAGCAAUAGCAACUUGUUGUUGACUGAGCCAUUAUCACCCAGGAGAGGGUCAUCACUUAAAGAGAAAGAAGACGAAGAAUUUGAGGAGGAAAAGGAAGAACCUGAAGAAGAGAAAGAAGAGGUCAAGAAAAUGAUGACUGAGACGGUGUUACAAGAAGAAGUGCCUACUGAGCAACCGCUGCAAAUCUCAUCGAAGGAUUUACAGCCAACAUCACCUUCUCCUCAUAAGCUGGUGCUGAAAAUCGAUAAACGUCCUCCCUCGCUGCCGACGAAAUUGUCGUUUGGUACGAUGGCAGCUCUGGCAGAAACUCGCCAUUUCGAUAGUGAUGACUCAAGUGACGAUGAAAAUGAUACCGACGGAGGGAUGGAUACAGAUAAUCAAGGGAGCAGCAGGGAUGUAAGGUGCAAACCUUUUGAUGAUGUCGACGCAGCGUAUGUGACUGUAGUUGCUCCUCCUGGUCCAUUGGGACUUAACUUGGACGGUGAUGCAAUGGAUCGCGCUGUUGUACUGGGGUUUGCCAAGUUGCGUGACGGAUCCAAAGGCCCAUUGGAGCGCAAUGGAAAUAUUGUAUAUGGGUCGGUUCUUGUUCGUAUCAACGGGGAAGAUGUUUCACGCGCAUCGCUAAAUGAAGUGCGUAUGAAACUAAACGAGCUAGUUCAACGACCUCGCACCCUAGUGUUCCGUCUGCCAGACAGAAAACAGCAAGACUGCCCUCAUGUAUCGCGUAACCCUGCCUUGCGACGAGUGCCUUCGCUCCCUCUGCUUGAGGAAGAUUUCGACAAACGCCGAAAGCUUGAGCUAUCGCUAGUGAUGCACUAUGACAAGCCAGUUCUAAGCCGUCGCGAAUGCUGGUUCUGUGUUGACAUCGAAUGGAUGGCUCGAUGGGUAAACUUUGUUGCUCGAGGUGGGCCUGAACCAGGUCCGAUCACCAACGAAGUAUUGCUGCACCCAAACUGGCGCAAGAUGUUAGCUCACGAUACUCCUGGUCGACCUGACACAGCGCGAGAUGGAUUGGUUCUUUUGAAAGAUUAUCGGGUGGUAUCACCGAUGGUAUGGUGUUUGUUGGCUGAACUGCAUGGUCCAGGUGAGGCACCCUUGCUUGCACGCUACACUAUGGACAUCCACGCUGAAGCGCUGAGCGACAGAGAGAUACGCCUUAUAAUCGAAGUGCUGCUGCUCAAAGCUACCGUGCUUGUGAAUGACCUUCGUGACAAGUGUCUUGUUCGUUCAAGCAAAUAG